GUGUUCUGUGUGUCGCUUCCUGCUCUUGCCCUGUAAAGAUGCAUCCAGGUGGCAAGGGACACUGCCAGGGUCAUUCUCACUGUGGGCCACCUCCUGCCCAUGGUCCAGGACACUGUCCUGGGGGAAAUCACCCUCCAGGACCUGGUGGCCCAUCCCAUAGCCAUAGUCCAGGACACUGUCCUGGGGGAAAUCACCCUCCAGGACCUGGUGGCCCAUCCCAUGGCCAUGGUCCAGGACACUGUCCUGGGGGACAACAUCACCCUCCAGGACCUGGUGGCCCACCCCAUGGCCAUGGCUCAGGGCACUGUGGGUCUCACCCUGGUCCACAUCACUGAGAAAUCAGAAGAAAUGAAGACACAAGAUGAGAAGUCUGCAUGGAAUUUGCUGUCCUGGCACUGGGCCUAAACUAGAAUUUUCCCUUGCAAAUAAAUAGCCUCCUGGAGGCCAUAUA